AUGAAACCGGACUCUGUGUCUGCCCCUGAAGAGACCCCAGCUUCCAAUCCACUCCACUGUCAUCAGAUCUACCGCAAACCACCGAUAUAUGAGAUCAGUCUUCCAAUUACGCCAGAUCAGACGACAAUCCAGUCCCUAACACCAGAGCACGCCAGCCAGGUCGACGCCGACGCCGUUGAAGAACACAAGGUACUUGGCAACGAGCAUCUGCUGGAACUCAUCUUGUCGCUCCUUCAGAACGACCAUGGAUCCUUGAACAAUGUCAUCAGGACUUGCAAAUUCUUCCGUCAUGUUGGCGAGCCGCUUUUAAGCCAGGCCGCCGAUCUUAGACAUCUGGUCUCACACGUGUCAACCGCAAACCGACAGCAGGAUCUCGCCUCAAUGAUCAAGAAAGUCAAAUUCGCCAACUGUGAAGUGGCAUGGCCCUCUGCCGUCCGUGACUGUCCACAAUUCGCAAAAGUCAACAGUCUGCGCAUUUACAACACAUCGAUGUCUGUCAACGCGUCAGAACAACUCAAGCCCUUCCUGGACAAGAGCCUGCGCGAGCUCUUGAUCUACGUCGAAUCUGACCAAAACUCACACGAUCGCAGAGACACUCUCUUGCUGUCUCAGCUCAGCACAGUCUGUUUCAACCUAAGCAGCCUGAAGCUGGGAGUAGCACUCAAUGUCUCGUCUGCCGAGAUGACUUUCUUGUUCACCAGCAUGUCCCAGUUGAGAACUCUCUGGUUGGGCUCAGAGCUUAACCCAGCCCUGGGCAAUGAUGCGCUGACUGCUAUUUUGACGAUGUCCCGUCUCAACCACCUGUUUCUGGACCAAUCACUCGACUGA